AUGUGGUUUAUGUUGCUCUUUGGAGGCUCCGCUGCCAUUGCCGACAAAGCCGUCACGGCAAUGAUGUUGGGAGACGGGAAAGUCCAGUUUCAGCUCCCAUCGCCAGCGGAUGAGCUCAAUAAGCCCAAGUCCUCAAAGAGCGAGAUGGACUUCAGCGCCCGCCGCCAUAGCAAAGAAUCCGAAAUGCCGCGUAACCCUCAUCCUCAGUAA